UACAAACUGGAAGCACAACUGCAGUGCCAUCUUUAAGAUAACGGAUUUUUAAAUGUUUCCAAAUUUGUAUCCCUAUCAAAUAAUGAGAUGAAGCAUCCAUUCAGAACGCUCAGAGCAGUGCAGCCCUUGUUGAAGAACGGCCCCCUUACAGAUGUGGAUAUUACUGAGCUAGAUCUGAACCCUUUCAGUAACAUCCGGUCUACGCGAUAGGGAGGAAUAAUGUUCGUUGCAUGAUAGUAAACUAAUAAUUUCAUUAUAGCUUGAAUUUUGUCACAUGGCAGAACCAAAUGUAUAUUAUAGUAUUUUCUCAAUUUUUGGUUGUACUUCUAAGGUUGACGUGGUCCACUUGAUAGCCCAUAUUAAUCUCAAGCGGCUGCCUGGAUUUACAGCCAGGAUCUUGGUGAUGUCGGCUGUGCGCUUGACGUCUGUGCCACCAGCCCAACUGUUAAGAGAGAAUGCUUUUUCAAAGUUAAGGGAAUGGUAUAAUUUUUCAGAGUAUGACUUACAUUUCAACACGGCAUCGUUGCAAGCAAAUAUUUUUUUAAAGUACACGGCCCAAACAUCAAGGGGAGUCCAGAAGAAUGUUGUGAGACCGGAUUUUUGAAAAAAUAGAUCACAUGCUUUGUAGUUGCGGCUGUGGCUUGAGAAUGCACUGUAUAGCAUUGAAGUUAGAAACCCAUACUUUGUAAUGUUACUGUUAUAUCUGUCUAAUCCUUAUGGGAUUGUUUCUUCAACACUAUACAAACUUUGGAUUCAAGUUUGUUUUAAGUUCUACUUACAUUCUCAUGGGCCUGCAAACAUGGGGAAGUGGGGGUAAUUUGCAUUUCCAGGUUUUUCGCGUGACCAUAUUUACACUACACGUUCACCAAAAUGCGAUGACACAAAAGGAAUCGUGUAAAUAUCGACAGAAAGGGUCAUCACAACCCAGCACAUACUUUUGAGCCUGUUGACAAUGCGUAGUAGAACACUCGGGCUAAAGUAUUCUGACUUGCAUCUUUGUUAGGCAAUGCGGUUAAAGCCCGCGUUACGAGUUAAUGGGAAUAAACGUAGCCCACAAAUAAUAAACUUGCAUCCAGGCAGUCCUUCCAAGUGACAGCUCAUUAUUGGGCUUGCAAGGUCGCAACAUUUCCCAUUAAGUCAGCGUAACUGCACUACAGUACAUGUUUGUAAUGUGCCCGUAGCACAUUACUACAUUCCUGCAAUACCUGGGGAUGACGCAGACGACUUCGCAUAUAUAUUGUUCCGCAAAGCAUGGAUUGGCAAUGUUUCUCAACUGCUAAUCCGCACCUCCGAUUAGCUGGGUCGGAAAGAAGUUGAACAUACAUACACGUACAUUGUCGUUUGGGUUGAAGCUAAUAGUUUACGGGACACACACCUGUUUGUUGCCAGCACCGACACUUGAUGCGCGAGCACUUGCCCUAGGAGGAGUUAAAUGAGUCGCCAGAUUCCUAAGCCAUCAUGUCUGCGAGGUCUCCAAUUGACCAUGGCCUGCGCGUCAAGCUGGUGCUGAUCGGAGAGUCGAACGUGGGCAAGACCAGCCUGCUGAGACGUCUCACGCGGAACCAGUUCAUUCCCAAUGAGGUCGCGACCGUAGGAGUCGCCUUUCAGAGCUACGUGGUACACCUGGAGGAGGCGCCGGUGCGCCUUGAGAUCUGGGACACGGCCGGGCAGGAGCGUCACCGUAUGCUCACCCCUAUCUUCUUCCGCAACGCCGAGGCAGCCGUGCUGACAUACGACAUCAGCAGCCAGGAGUCCUUUAACAAGCUCCAGUUCUGGAUAAGCGAGCUGAAAGAGAAGUCGCAUCCGAACAUGGUGAUGGCUCUGGCUGGGAGCAAGUGUGACCUGGAGGCCUCAAGACAGGUUCAGCACGAGGAGGGUGCGAGGUUUGCCAGGGAGCAUGGCAUGAUUUUCAUGGAGACGUCGGCCCAAGCGGCCAUGAAUGUCACGGAGCUGUUUCACGCCAUCGCAGAGAGGGUGAGCAAGAGCCAACAGCUGAAAACACGGGACGACUUGAAAAAGAAAAGGAGUAAAAGCAUCACCCUACAGCCUCCAAUACAGGCCGAGAGAAAAUGUUAUCAUUUGUAGAAUUGCACAUUCAUGAAAAUCCAAGGGAACAAUUUGGAAGAUUCUUUCACGUUAUAUAUCAAUAUCAGUCAUGGUCACUCCACUGCUAGAUUCAUAAUAAAUUACAUAAAGCACCCUUCUGCAAGGUAUUCAAAUCGCUGCAUAUCACGAAAAUAAAUACAUUGCUUCCCAAGGAAAUGAAAAACGAAGUAUAAAAGAUCAUUUUGGAGAACCAAAAGAAAAUAAAUGUGUCGAGGCGGGUUGUAAACUCCGCCAUUGUCUCCGAAUCGCAAAUGACGUUGGGCAGGAUGCUUGUUCCACCGCUGGGUAGCAGUGCAUCAGGAGGCACGGUCACCCACUGUGAGGAGGAGCCACGUCCGAGGAAUGCACAGAGGACACUAUCCCAUCGAAGACCAAAGCCUUCAUGAUGGCACACAAAAAGGCCUCCCCAAACCACCACCACCACCUCUUGUAAUCCUGCGAUAUAAUAACAUCGUGAACAGCAGUGGUUCCCAAUCUUUUUUUCUGGAUCCCUGGGCCACUGCCAAUCCUCAAAGUGUGCGGACCGCCACGCAGUAAAAAAAUAUGGUUUUAUGAAAAAAAUCGUACCUGCGACAUUUCGGCAGACCACUUGGUUAUCCGCCAGAGAAUCAACGUCCAGUCGGCACUAUUGAGUGUCGAGCGAAACCAGCUACGGUGGAUGGGUCAUCUGCUAAGGAUGCCGACAGAAAGACUCCCCCGGGAGACGUUCUAAUUACGGCAUGCAGGCAAAAGACCCAGAGGCCGCCCGUAAUCGCGCUGGAAAGAUCGGGUGGUGUGCCUGGCCGAGGAAAGACUGGCGAUCCGGGAGCCACAGUUGAUGCCGCUGGCGUAGGACAGGGCAGAAUGGAGCCCCCCGCGACUCGAAACGGGCCAAUAUUGAUUGACUUCCCAUGACGAUCUUGUGGACAGAUAUGGCCUGCGGAUCACAAAUUGCGAAUCACUGCUUUAUCGCAAAAUUAAUUUGUAGGUAUGCGUAUAUUGUAACUGUGAGAAAUGUAUUUCAAUCAAUUUGUAGAUUAAACAACAUUUUUACAAGUGCCGAAUCAUGUUUGUAAGAAUUGGUAAUGUACGGGUCGUGAAAAUGUUCAUACAAAUUAUGUGAUUAGGUGCAUUUGAGCGAAUGGGCUCAAAUGGACUCAAAAUCAAUAUCUGCACCCGGAACAACACGUCCCGUACACCUAUUGCUAUGGUCACAUAUUUAGUGAGAAAUUAUGACCAUGUUUUAUGCACACAGUAUAUUUAGAUGUCGUCAAAUCUCUGCCCCCCUUUUUUUAAGCAUGUCACUAAAACAUUUUUCCUUCAAAGGUUUUUUGGCCAUGAUUAGCAGCAUCUGGUUUUUACCAUCAUAAUCAAAUAACCACUUGGGCUCUUACUCAAGAGAAUAUGCUGCAAAUAAUUGUGUUUGGACCAUAUUCAUGAUUCUAAGUGCGUCAGAUGCCAUGUGGCGGGUAAUUUGAGUCACGUAAUUAAGGGCUCGUAAUUCAUAAUAGUUAACAGUGGUUCAUGUACAUAGGUUGGUGUGUCAUUCCAUAAUUACGAGGGCCUGUGUUUAAAUGUAAUUGACGGCAUAAUUGCGAGUGUUUAAAAUAAUGUCAGUUCUGUUGUGUGUAUAUAGCAUAUAGGAGUGUAAAUACGCACAUAAGGAAUGCACACCCAUAUAUUGUAUAUUGCAAACACGUAUAUAGAGUAUAUUGUACACACAUACAAAUAUAAUGCAGUGCAAUUGAGCAUUAUGGACUCAAAUCCAUAAGUACCAAGUUCAUUUCAUCGUUAAAGUUAAACAAUUAUUUUUUUUACUAUUCUGGUUGGGUUAAACCAAAUAAGCUACUAAAUUAUAAACUAAUAACAUCAAAAAUGUAAUGGCUCUUCAUAUCACCUACAUCUAUUUGCCGAAAUCACCUCAUAUAUUUUUACUUUAACGGCAUUGUCACUGACGAUUGUGUUGAAUUUUGUUUGUGGUUAUGCACCACUGCCAGCGCCAUACAGCAGCACGAUAUUUUUUUACAUCUUUAUGAUCAGUUAUAAAAGGCGAGGCUUAAAAAAAUGAUCCCAACACUCAGACUAAAAUGUGUGUAAAAAAUAAUUAAGUCCAGCAUUAAGUUAUUGUGAUGUUUUUUUUCCGAACCGAUUGGUCAAAACUUUGUAAUGACCCCUCGUGCGGUACUGAGUUCGAAUAAAACUGAAAUAAUCGUGAUUUAUUUUGGGACAAUAUUAUCCAGUGGCCAAGAAAGCCACUUGAUCAAAUAGGGCUUAGACGGUAUUUCUGCCCGACAAAACAUUAUUUAACUGGGAUUUGGCCAUAAAGGUUAAGGUCAGGAAAGGAGUGGGUGACAAUCUAAAGCUCUAGCCAUCAAUAAGAACACCACUGUUGGCACUGCCCAAUAGCCAAUAUUAUAUUUAAUGACACGUUUCAUUCCAUAAUCCAUGCAACCUUAUAGGUAAAGCUCACCGAUCUAUUACUCAUUAAUGUUUCAUAUACGUACGUGCAAGAGAUACUGUAUUUGCUUAACAGAUAUUUAAUGCAAACACACGUCUGGUUUCGUAUCUAUGCUUGUCAAGCAUACAAGUUUAUAUACUAUUGUGUAUUUCAUUUAGGCAGUUUUAAUACUUAAUUUUGUAUGAAGGAUCAAUGUUAAUUUACAUUACUUUGAAAUAACAGCCAAAUGUCCAAUUUCACAAAGGUGUCAAUUUGUUUUACAACCAUGGUAUUAUAAUUAUAACAUACAUACGCCACAUUACAUCUUAACUUCAAUGCUCAUUACGUCAUUACGUAUGUAAACUUCAGAGAUGAGUGGUGCACAUCUGGAACCCAACACUUUGUGGGGAGUGAGGGCGAAUGCAUUACAAGCACAAGUCAAUCUCCAACACCCACUCAGGCUGCUGCAAGGUGGCCAGGAAAUGGAAGUAGAGGAAUGACGACUUGUAUCCAUCGGUGUGAAACUUCUGAGUAGUAUCCCCUCGUAUGUGUAGGGUUUCUCUGGGUACUCUGGUUUCCCCUCACAUGCCAAAUUACUCAUCGAUGGAUUUCGUCAAAGUCUCAAUGCAAAAGCCUCUUGAACAAUGUAAUUACAGGCAAUGCGGCUUUCCGGUUAUACAAGGGGCAUUAAAAAGUCCAAAUGUACUUCUUGCAGCUGUGUUUCAUGUAAUUGCCUUGUGCCCGAGCAGUGCAGAUGUCCAUUAAACAUCUUAACGUAAUGGAAACCAACUAUUAACUCACUUUGCGGAAUAUUAAUUAUAAUUGCUUUAUAUGCAACAAUAGCAGCAAACGUCACCUGCAAAU